UCAGUCUAGAGAUUGUCAUUAUGUAACACUAAAUUUAAUUGACAAAGUCGGCGGGAGAGUGCAGGAAAUCCAAGUGGCUUAUUAGCGGAUUAAAGUGCUUGAAGAUGAAAGUAGUGGUGUCCUUAGUUUUAUUUAACUUUAUCUCGACCAUUAGUACUCAAACUCGCACCAAGUCGAAUACAAUUCCAGCUAUAGUACGACAAACUUUUGAUAUUACUCCCGAAGGAACUUAUAAUUAUGCGUUUGAAACUGAAAACGAAAUUUAUUUAGAAGAGGAGGGACACCUUGAUAAUGAGGGAAAGUUAACAAAACAAGGACAGUACCAAUAUACUGGGCCGAAUGGGGAAAUCAUAAGAACUAUAUAUACAGCUGACGAAGAGGGAUUUCAUCCACAAGGUGCGCAUUUGCCAACCGCUCCGCCUCUUCCACCUGCAUCUUUUUCGUUUAGUAAUUGGCCUUAAAUAAUUAGUUUAUUUUAAAAAAUAACAUGUAUUUUUUACAUAUCAAAUUAACGUAGGUA